AUGUCGGUUUUCGACGGAGAAAUCGACUACCAUUCCUUGUAUAUGGUCGACUAUGUCGAGAAGCCGAAACCCAAGAGUCCACGCCGUCACCCCAAAGAUGACGAUUGCCUGAUCGUCGGAGUGAGUAGAGAUGCUCUGAAGGCGAAGGAUGCGCCUCGAAAGUUUCCGGAUAUGCUGUGUCCAUUGAAACAUGAGUAUUACAAGAAGGCUGUUGAGAGGUUCGAAGAAGACUACCCGAAGCUCCACAAGAAGUACAUGAAGGGCGACAUCAACCCAACCCCCAUCGAACAUGAGAUCCAGGACUUGAAGCGUACCGAGUAUCUCGUCAAAUACUGUUCUAGAGAGCUCCCCUUCAUGUCAGUGAACCUGACGAGACGUGCGCGCGCGCUGCAGACGCUCCACCUGCCCGAUGACAUCGCCAUACCCGACACCACCAACCGCGGCUCAUACCGCCACCCCCCGGACGAGAAGUACGUCGACCAUCCAUCUACGUUCUCCACCCGCCCGAAGUACGAUGACUCUUUGCAGAAGGAACUCCGGCGCAUAUUACGCGUCAACACAGGAGAGACAACCUACGGUGUGUGCCACGGACUUCUGGCCAAGGUCAUUUUGGAGAAGAAUCCUUUCGGACCUCCUCGGGAGGAACCGAAAUAUGGACGAUGGAAGAACCGAUACUUCUACACUUACCGCAUAUGAUCAACGCCAUCUAUCGGAGAGUAGAGGAAGCGACAGCGUUUGUAUUUUUUGGAGUUUCUAUUCUAUAUUCCAUGGUAUAAGAAGACCAGGUAUGCUCAAUCCUAUGACAAGCCGCCAUUGCUAGUCCAUUGAUGACGUAAGUGUUACCAUUCAAUUGGUAUCUCCAACAUUUCAAGGACGUAAAGUUUAUUAUUGAAAAUUAAGGGAAUUACUGACUAUUGACUAUUUAAUUACUAUUACUUGUCACAUAUAUAUAAAAAAACAUUACAACUGUACGUAAAUCGUUUACUGAAAGUACAAAAUUACCUUGCAAAGUAAAUUAAAAACAAUGGUCGUGGGUAAUUUAUUUUUUACAAGAUGGCAACACAGGGCGGGAUGACAUCAGCUGGGCUAACCUUGAAAUGCUAGCUGUCAGUUUUGAGAAUACCUGGUCUUCUUAUACCAUGCUAUAUUCAAAAUGUUUGUAUAAUUUGUUUUCUAUGUAAUAUUCUUGCUUGACUGAUAUGCAAUAGGAAUAGGGAGCAAGAAAUUCCAGGAAAAUAGACUUCACAAAUAGUGCUCUUAGUA